AUGGGGAGGUCCGCCGACACGAGCUGUCUGAGCGACACGGGUGGCGAGAGUGGCCCAGCGCUCAGCGCGGGCCCAGCGAGCGUCGGCCAUGAGCUUGGAGGAGUGGUGGACACCUGGUCCAAGGAGGCGCUUGAGCCUAGCGACCAGCACGUUGGCAUCGAGCGGGUCACGGACAAGGUGAAUGACAUGACCCAUGCGAACAGCGUGGCCAACCUCUGGUGCAACAUGGAUACCCAGGUCAAGCUCGCAGUCGUGGUGAAGGUGAUGGGCCGCACCGGCUCCAGGGGUCAGGUGACCCAGGUCAGGGUGAAGUUCCUGGAUGACCAGAACCGUCUCAUCAUGAGGAACGUCAAGGGCCCUGUUCGUGAGGGCGACAUCCUCACCCUGCUCGAGUCUGAGCGGGAGGCCAGGAGGCUGCGCUGAGCGGCUGCUUUUCCUGUCUUCGGAAGUAAACUCUACUGCAUUUAAAUCAACUUCUUGAACGCUGGCUUUGUCUUUUGCCUAGGCUAUGGAAAUGUAAGCAGUACUUAAUAUGUUGCAGUUUUCUUCUGUUGCCUGAAUUAAAGUGCACUUGAUGUUGUGAGACUUGAUAAUCCUUGCACACCUCUGGGUUAUUUGAAUUGAUUGGAUGAAUGAUAUAUUGUAUCCUAUGAUUUGAGUGCUGGUAUAAAUCUGAAUCGCUUCUACUUGUAAA